UCGGUAAAGUAGAAAGUUUGUUUUCUCCAGUCUCCUCCCUAAUAUUUUUUUGACACGAUCACCCCAUUAGCUCCGAUCUGCUCCGAUCUGAUCAUGCAUUUUUUUGUGCUUUGUGCUUCUGACAAAACGUAAUUCUUAUUACUCUUUGUGACAUUCUAUGCAAUUUUGACAGUCCUACUGCUCACAUCAUCGGUGAAUAACUCAGUGGAUAGUAAAGCAUCUUAUAAUUGCUCAUUAUGACUGCACACCUAAAAAGUAUAAGAUUUGCUUAAGUUAACGAGUAUUGAAUAUAGUGUGUUUAGCAAAGGAAAGUACAAUUAUCAUCAAGAUGUUUGAAUUUUUUGAACUGAUUCUUAAUAGUGCUAUACUAUGGGUAUACCUUCAAGCAAUAGUGCUUCUUCUUAUCAGUGCACUUUAUGACUUUGCUGUGCCAUGGAUUAUUUGGGUUUCUUUUGUGCUUAUGACAGCAUUGUGUUUCGUUAGAAACCCAUCGCCUCAGCCUAAUAUUACUGAUAAAAUACUUGGGUUGGACCCAAUCAGUUUGGGAAAGAAGAAUGAUGUCAGUGACCUAUGCAACAGCGACGGUAACAAGGAAGAGCCGUAUUGCAUGCGAGCAGUGGCUCACCGUGGUGGAGGAUACGAUUACCCUGAGAACAGUAUAUCAGCUUUUCGAAAUAGCAAACAAAAAGGAUGCACCGCAGUAGAAUUUGAUGUGGCUUUGACCAAAGAUAACAUUCCAAUAGUAUACCAUGAUGUUACCAUUGAAAGACUAACAGGUCAAAUAGGAGUCAUAAGAGAAAUGACAUGGGAUCAAUUAAAAGAACUAGAUAUUACAUACAACCAUCCCCUCAGGGACAAAUUUCGUAGUGGAGAAAAGAUCGCUUUAUUGGAGGACGUUCUUGAAGAAUGCAUAAAGAACGACCAGCGGAUCUUCAUGGACAUAAAAGAAAAAAGUUUGGAUAUCGUGCAAAUAAUUUUAAAUAUGUACAAAAAGUAUCCAAAACUUUUUGAAAGAGCAAUAGUGACAUCUUUCAAUCCCAUCGUCAUAUACAUGAUAAGAAGGAAAGAGCCACGAGUAGUGUGCAGUCUUUCUUGGCGACCUUUCGUCUUCUCAAGAAAAUCUUAUAGCAGCCUGGAUGGACCUGGUGCAGUACGUUUUAAUAAUCCAUUAAAACAUAUUGCUGCCUGGACCCUUGAUGUUAUACAUAGUUGGGCCUUACCGCGGUUUACCUACUAUCUAUUGGGCCUGUCCGUUAUUUUGCUGCACAAGGAUAUUGUGAGCGCUGAAGUGGUACGCCAAUGGCACAAACGAGGAGUACGCGUUAUAGUCUGGACAAUUAAUUUACCAUCAGAAAAGUUACAUUUUUCGCGACUUCUUAAAGUAACUUAUCUGACGGAUACGUUGUUGACAGAAAGUAAUGGACACUUAUGAUUGAACGAACAAUAUUAAAUAUAAAGUAUCAUUGCACAAGCAUGUAUAUCGUUAGAGAAUGAAGAAGUUGGUAGUGAAUUAUUUAUUUAUUUGUGAUAUGCGAGAAAAUUGUGAAUCUCAUAUUUGUUUAUAAAAAUUCGUAACAUUGAUAUGUUAAUUGCUGAAUGAUUUUGAUACAGCUAUAGAUAAAUGUUAUUAAAGUACAAAUAUGAAAAUAUCUCUGCAGGCUUAUGUAGUACAACAUGCUAUAACCAAUUUGUUAAUCAACAAUUUAUCUUGGGUAUACAGAUUGCGUUAUGUUGUAAUACAUACUAUAGAAACAAGCUUUAUCUUAGAGCAGCUAUGAAACUAUAAUCAAAUUUUAUAUUAUUCAAGCGAUGCGAAGUACAUAGUUUUAUUCAGUGAUAUUUUUUUUCACACUACAUUUUAUCGAUGACUGCAACGAAUAAUAAUUAUUUAAUCCUUAAAGACGCACUCUGAACAUUCUGUUGUACAAAAGUAUAAAAGGCCUACGUCAAUAACUUACUGUUAUAAUCUCAAACGUUUACGUUUUAACAGUUAAAUUGAACUAAUAAUUAAUAAAUUAUUCAGAAUGCACUCAAAAGAAAGAUCAUCGGAAGAUACUAAUUCUAUUGACAGAAAAAUCUUAUAACUUAACGUAGUGGACCCAGUUGUCGACACUAUUAUUUGUGGACAAUAUAAGAAAUAUUUUUCUCUCUCUUGUGGACGUUGUACAUCCAUAAGAAUUUCCACUGCUUGUACAAUAUUAACAACUAGACCCACUACCUUAAAUAUUUAUUGAUUGACAAGAGCAGAUUUAUUAUGAUGCAUUUAGAAUCCGUAAUGUUAUGACCAUCACACUUACCUUUAUUUACGCCCGUUAAAAUUUUAAAAUAUCAGGAAAAUAAAUGUUUUAACAACUUCUUCCAUUUAUAAAGCUUAGGUGUUGCACUAUUGAUAAUGAAUCUAACAAAGGCCAGAGAGAAAGAGAAUGUUUCAUAUGAACUCUCUAGAAUACUGCACUUUUCUAAUCAAUGAAGGCUAAUCUGCUUCAUUAAUGCUUUCUAUUAAUGGGCCUAAUUAAAUAUAAAAGCGUGAAUCGAUUCAGUAGGACCAACUGAUAAGUUAACUAUGAUUACCUAAUGUAAUGUAUAUUAUCAACGUCCAUAUUCAUAUAUAUGUGGAAUAGGACCUUUAACAUUUCUUACUUCUAAUCACACGCGCUGCCAUUCUGCUACCAAUAUAAUUUAACAGUCAGUAUUAUACAGUAUCACAAUUUAAAUGUAAUCAUACACUGUAUUUAAUUCACGAUUAAAUAUUUAUAUGCAAUUUUUAUUUUGAUAUUUCCUUCAAAUUUUAUUGAUCGAAUAUCACUUUGACAAUACCAAUAAAAAACAAAUACAAUUAUAUUGUCUGUGACUAACUCUUAGACAGUUUAGAUCACAAUUAAACUUUGAUAAGUUUGAGUGUGUGUUAUGAUGAAUAAAAAAUAUUAAAAGUAUCACGGUAAAAUACGUAUGUCGUGUAUAUUGAACGAUUUCAAAGGCUAAAUAUUUAAUCAAAAAAGUUUGUACUUUUUAUACAAAAUAAAUGAUAUUAAAAAAG